AUGGCGGGACCACUGCGGGUGUGCAGGAUGAGAGCGGGGCGGACACCGGCUCUGGCCUCAUUAGCUGCCGUCACUAACGAGGUGGCCUCUGUCCCCAGCUGGGCUCGCAGUCGCGGUGCCCGGAGUGGCUCCUUUGUGCCUUCGGCCUCCUCUUCCUCUCUGUCCCCUCCUCCCUCCUUCCUCGGACGGUGGCAGCACGGUGGCAGCAGGGGUGGCAGGAAGGUGGCAGCACGGUGGCAGGACAGUGGCAGCACGGUGGCAGCAGUCCCGGUGGCGGCGGAGCCGCAGGAGCGCGGUGGCAUCGGGGCAGGGCCUGGCAGCGGUGCCAGCAUGGCUGAGCAGGACCCGGCCGCAGGCUGCCCACGUGGGAAGCAGCAGCUGCCAGCGUUCACCUGGGAGGUGAGGGCCAACGACCGCAGCUACCACAGGCAGGUCAGGAAGAGAUUCGCCUUCUGCCUGAGCAAGAGGAAAUACUCGGGCAAUGCCAUCAGGACAGCCAAGUACAACGUGCUCACCUUCCUGCCCCUGAACCUCUACGAGCAGUUCCAUCGCAUGGCCAACGUCUACUUCGUCUUCGUCAUCCUCCUGCAGACUUUCCCCGAGAUCUCCACGCUGCCCUGGUACACUCUGCUCUUCCCCCUGAGCUGCCUCCUCAUCAUCCGGGGGCUGCGAGACCUCAUCGAUGACAUUGGCCGUCACCGCAGUGACAGGAGCAUCAACAGCAGGCCCUGUGAGAUCCUGGCUGGCAGGAGGUUCUGCUGGCAGGAGUGGCGCGACAUCUGCGUCGGGGACAUCGUGCGGCUGCGCAAGGACAGCGUCGUCCCGGCUGACCUGCUCCUGCUGUGCAGCUCCGAGCCCAGCAGCCUGUGCUACGUGGAGACCGCUGACAUUGAUGGGGAAACCAACCUGAAGUUCAGACAGGCCCUUCUGGUCACCCACCAGGAGCUGCAGAGUGAGGAGAGCAUGGCUGCCUUUGAUGGGCGAGUGACGUGCGAGGAGCCCAACAGCCGCAUGCACACCUUCACGGGCACCCUGUGCUGGCGGGGCCGCAGCCACGCUCUGGAUGCCGAGCGCAUCCUGCUGCGGGGCUGCCGCGUCCGCAACACCGCCCGCUGCUACGGCUUUGUGCUCUACGCAGGGUUUGAUUCCAAAAUCAUGAGGAACUCUGGGAAAAUCAAGAGGAAGAAAACCAAGCUGGACCACCUGAUGGACCGGCUGGUGAUUGUGAUCUUCCUGCUGCUGUUGGUGACAUCCCUGGGCCUCGCCGUGGCCUCUGGGUUCUGGGCCAGGACGUUCCAGGAGAAGCACAGCUACCUGGCUGCCCUCUACCAGCACACGAGCCCUGCCCAGCAGGCCUUCCUCAACUUCUGGGGCUUCACCAUCCUCCUGAGCAUCAUCAUCCCCAUGUCCAUGUACAUAACGUUCGAAUUCAUCUACCUGGUGAACAGCUGUUUCAUUAACUGGGAUCUGGAGAUGUAUUAUGGUGCCAAGGACAUCCCAGCCGAGGCCAGGAGCACCAGCCUCAGCGACCAGCUGGGCCAGAUCCAGUACAUCUUCUCGGACAAGACGGGCACCCUGACCCAGAACAUCAUGAGCUUCAAGAAAUGCUGUGUCAACGGGACCAUCUAUGGUAACCUGGGCUGGGAUUGGUUUGCAGGGAACCUGGAGCUGCGGAAUUCGGACGUUUGCGAUGUGACGCUGCUGGAAGCUGCCCAGAGGGACGAUGACCCGGUGCUGAGAGAGUUCCUGAGGCUGCUGGCCCUCUGCCACACCGUCAUGGUGGAGGACAGGGGCGACCAGCUGGUUUACCAGGCAGCCUCCCCAGAUGAGGAAGCGCUGGUGUUGGCAGCCAGGAGCUUGGGCUAUGUCUUCCUGGGCCGGACUCAGGACUCCAUCACCAUCAGGGAGCUGGGCAGGACCAGGACGUACGAGGUGCUGGCCAUGCUGGACUUCAACAGCGACCGCAAGAGGAUGUCUGUCCUGGUGCGAGACCCCAAGGGCACCAUCCGGCUCUACACCAAGGGUGCUGACACCGUCAUCCUGGAGAGGCUGCGGAGCCGAGGGCCCAAGGAGACCCUCACCGAGAGGGCUCUGGACCGCUUUGCGGAGGAGACGCUGAGGACGCUGUGCGUGGCCAGCAGGGAGGUGAGCGAGGCCGAGUUCCGCGCCUGGAGCCGGAGGCACCGCGAGGCCGCGGUGCUGCUGCACCACCGUGCCCAGGAGCUGGACAGGCUCUACGAGGAGAUGGAGCAGAACCUGCAGCUGCUCGGGGCCACAGCCAUUGAGGACAAGCUGCAAGAUGGAGUCCCUGAGACCAUCCAGCUGCUGAAACUGGGCAACAUCAAAGUGUGGGUGCUGACAGGAGACAAACAAGAGACCGCGAUGAACAUCGGCUACGCCUGCAGGCUGCUGACAGAUGACAUGGAGAUCCUGGAGGAGAAGGAGGUCAGCGAGAUCCUCCAGGCUUACUGGGAGAGCAACAACAACCUCAGUGGCCGUGGGGAUGCCCCGUGCAGCCGCCGCCUCUCCCAGCAGUGCCCAGAGACUCUGAGCCACAAGAGAGCCAUCAUCAUCAGCGGGGACUUCCUGGACAAAAUCCUGCACACAGGAGAGGUGCUGAAGGAGAAGAAGGGGUGGCCUUGGCGGUGGCUGUGCUGUGGCAGGGCUGAGGCCUCGCAGGACCAGGGAGCUCUGGUGGAGAAGGCCUUUGUGGACCUGGCCAGCAGCUGCCAGGCCGUGAUCUGCUGCAGGGUGACCCCCAAGCAGAAAGCCCUGAUGGUGCAGCUGGUGAAGAAGCACAAGAAGGCCGUCACCUUGGCCAUCGGGGACGGGGCCAAUGAUGUCAACAUGAUCAAAACCGCGGACAUCGGGGUGGGCAUCAGCGGGCUGGAGGGGCUGCAGGCCGUGCAGUGCAGUGACUACGCCCUGGCCCAGUUCUCCUUCCUGCAGCGCCUGCUCCUGGUCCACGGCCGCUGGAACUACCUGCGCAUCUGCAAGUUCCUCCGGUUCUUCUUCUACAAGACCUUCGCUGGCCUCCUGGCCCAGGUGUGGUUCGCUUUCCACAGCGGAUUCACGGCCCAGCCUCUGUAUGAGGGCUGGUUCCUUGCACUCUACAAUAUUUUCUACACUGCCUACCCCGUGCUGUCCGUGGGCCUUUUGGAGCAGGAUGUGAGUGCCAAGAAGAGCCUGGAGUUCCCUGAGCUCUACGUGGUCGGGCAGCAGGACGAGCUCUUCAAUUACCGUGUUUUUGGUGUCACCCUCCUGCACGGGGUGGGCACCUCCCUCGCCAGCUUCUACAUCACACUCUGGGCCUUUGAGGACCACGUUGGCACCAAGGUUGUGGGUGACUAUGAGUCCUUCUCUGUCACAGUGGCCCUGUCAGCGUUGCUGUCGGUCCUCAUGGAGAUUGUCCUGGACACUCAGUACUGGACAGUGCUGUCCUUCCUGAUGGUCACAGUCAGCCUGCUCCUCUUUUGCCUCUUCUCCUUCCUGACCCAGACUGUUGAUGCCUACAGGAUAGCCCCUGCCAUCUUCCGCUUCCCAGAUGCCAGCUGGAAUGCCCUGACUGACCCCUAUGUCCUGCUCGUGGUCCUGCUGUCCCUGGUGGUCAACACCAUCCCCUCGCUCACCGUCCACGCCGUCCGUGCCAUCCUGGGCAGAGCCACCACCCAGCAGAAGAUCCACCUGAAGGCCAGGCGGGACCCAGAGCCCGCGGUGGAGCUGCGCUCCCACGUCCCCCGCGGCUCCUUCCGCCGCUCCAGCUACGCCUUCUCCCACCAGGAGGGCUACGCCGGCCUCAUCACCCGCGGGGACAGUCUGCGUGCCAGGGCCACCCACGGCACUGCCCCGGGUGCCCUGCGCCCCCAGGGGACCCCGGCUGUGCCCUCCGCGCGCUGCCCCCCGGUGUAG